CCAUUUCUGUAAAACUAAAUCACUGCCACCCCGCUGCCUUGCGGACAGGCUUUUGAGCCAAAGGCUUUGGAUGAGGACCCUAAUCGUUCUCCUGUCUAGGUCUGGGCGCCCUGGCAGUAUCCCAGCCCACAUACAACCAUGACAUUUUCUUCAAACAUAAAUUUCAUCCUGCAUCGGCCGUCGCGCAGAUUAUCAAGGGUCGCCUUAUCUGCUGCAUACAGCAGGGCGGAUAAGCGAAAGCAUGCUACUGCUGGCGCCUCCCUUCUUUCUUUUCCACCUUUUUCUCUUACUCCCAUCCCGGCCCCCAUUACUAACCUUCCUUCUAUAAUUCCCAGCUUAAUUGACAGCAACCGAAGUGCUACUGGAGUAGAACCAUCUGCAGCCACCAUCCCACAGCACCUAUCGGACGCCUAUCGGCAAAAGUUCCUUAUAAGGCCACGCUGUCCCGUUACCAUGGCGACAUUCAACGUCCGCACUCUAAGACAAACAGGUCAGCAGGCUGCACUCGCACGCACCUUAGACACACUGGAUGUUGAUGUGUGUUGUGUGUCCGAAACUAGGAUUAAUGACCCUAACGGGGUUAUUGAAUUGACUGCACCCGGCUUAUCCUCUCGUUAUUGGUUGCACGCAUCCGGAGACG